AUGGCCGAAAAACUAUCCGAGCAGCAAGUCGAAGACUUGAUAGCCAUACUCAGAAAGGAUGUCUCGGUGGACGUGAAAGUGCAGCACGUCACGGCAGUCAAAUCCUCCAUCAAACAGCACAAUGUCCCCGAUCCCUGUGUCGCGCCCGUCUUCGAGGCGCUGCGAUUGGCGUCGAGCUCGCAACAUGCCGUCCUCGUCAACGCUGGCUUUACGUCGCUCAACCACCUCCUGACGCGACUGUCUCGCCAGGAGCCCAAGUACAUCUCCAAGGAGGCCAAAUACACAUUACCGCUUGUUGUCGACAAGAUGGGCGACCAAAAGGACAAGUUGCGAAGCUUGGCGAUCCAGGCUAUGGUGACUAUACAUACUGCGGCGCCAAUAGACGCCGAGCGGUUCGUGCGGAACACGGCCAUGGCAGGCAAGAACCCAAGGGCCAAAGAGACGGGCAUGCAAUGGCUAGUCCAGAUGCACAAGGACCACGGCUUACCGUUCCGGGCCUACGUCCCGACAUUGAUGGAGUUGCUAGAAGAUGCCGACGGCAUGGUGAGAGAUAACGCCAAGAUGACUGUCAUUGAGCUGUUCAGAGAUGCCCCGAAUGGUGCGAAGUCAGAUUUGAAGAAGCAGUUGAAGAACUUCAAAGUACGACCCGCAAUAGAGUCGGCUAUAGUCAAGGAGCUCGUGCCUGGACCUGCAACGAGGGUACCCGCCGAAGAAGUCCGGCCAGAUAUCGCACCAGUCGCCCGACCAAACUUGGCUGCAAGCGUUUCCUCGCUUUCCACGGAGCGGCCGGUAACGCCAAUGCCUGAAGUGAAGGCGGAUUCGGUUGAGCCUUCCUAUGUGAACACGCAGCGCGAGCUCGAUGAUAUCUUCAGGGACAUGCACCCGUGGUUUGAAGGCAGAGAGUCGGAGCAGAAUUGGCUGAAACGAGAAGAGAGUGUCAUAAAACUCCGGAGGCUCAUCGCUGGAAAUGCUGCAGACUUCCCGGAUGCCUUCAUCACCGGCUGUAGGGUCCUGCUCGACGGCAUCAUCAAAGCGGUCAGUUCGUUGCGGACAAGUCUCUCCAAGGAAGGCUGUGGUCUAGUCCAAGACCUUGCAAACACUUUUGGCCCCGGCAUAGAUCCGAUGGUCGAGUUGUUACUGCAGGCUUGCGUCAAGUUGUGUGCCGCUACCAAGAAGAUAGCCUCGCAGUUAGCCAACACGACGGUGGAUACAAUUAUGGGCAGAACCACGUACAACGCUAGGAUCAUGCAACACGUGUGGAUAGCCUGCCAGGAUAAGAAUGUACAACCACGGACCUAUGCCAGCGGGUGGCUGAUCACACUGCUAAAGAAGGAGGCACACCACAAGAGCCAUCUAGAACACAACGGGGGACUCGAAGUGGUAGAGAAGUGCAUCAAGAAAGGUCUUAAUGAUGCCAAUCCUGGCGUCAGAGAAAGAAUGCGAGCGGCGUAUUGGGUCUAUGCUGGUAUUUGGCCGGCGCGGGCAGAAGCGAUCAUGGAUGGACUUGACGCGACUGCACAGAAGCUACUCCAGAAAGAUCCAAACAACCCUAACUCUCCUAAACGGGGGGCCGAGCCAGUGGCUGCUGCUCGACCUGGUUUGGGCUUUUCGAAGAGUACCACCGGCGGUCCUCCGAAACCGUCGCUACGAGAAGCAAUGCUGGCACAGAAGAAAGCCGCCUUGGCAUCGAAAACAAGGAACCUACCAGCCCGCCCAGGAUCCGCCAUGGCAACUAUCACCCCGUCGCGGUCUGUAUCUAAUAUGUCGAGUUCAAAUCACUCAACAGCUUCUUCUUCUCACACAGCCCCUGCCGCUCCUGCUGCCCCAGCAACUCGCCCACGAGCCGAACCAUCUACAAUGUCCCAUGGCGGCAUGUCCGUAGCUCCAAUGCGACCCGCAAGGCGACGACCGGAGAUGCCUCGGCCCGCUACUGCCGGACCAUACUCUGGUCGAAACCGGGAUGGCCUAGAGUCGGAGCGGUCAAGUCCGGGCGAUCCCAAGUCCAAGGCCGUCACUCCGAAGACUAUAUCGGGAUCUCCUAAGAGGACGGUCACGAGAACGAGACCAGGGCACCAACCAACACAUAGUGAAUCCAGUCUUCCCACUCCAUCGAAAGCAGCGGCAGCCAAGGCGGCGACUGUGGCCUCACCCCGGGCUGCCGCUUUUGCUUCACCCCGGGCUGCUGCUGCUUCACCUCGAGUUGCCGCCGUUGCUUCGCCACGUGCCAGCCCGGCAAAAGCCAAAUCUUCCACAAAUGGAUUCAAUUCUAGUAGUCCUUCCAAGGCUGACGAGGAAUUCACUUUGUUGGUGCCCAAUAUGACCAACUUGACGGAGAACGCGAGGUCAUCUCCACCAAAGAUAUCACUAGCACCACUUUUGCCAUCACCAAUGCUAGACGAACCCGUGACGACAGAUGAACUAGCUGUCGAUGCACCAUCUCUGAAAGUUUACGAGGACCCCUUCACGGAAGACCAAGAAGCAAAGCCACGCUCAACAAGCAACGGGAGCCCAGAGCGCCCAGUACUCGAAGACAAGCCAGUUAAUGAAGAUGCGGCCAAUCUAUCAAUUGUGUCCGUUGACGCAAAUUCGACCUCGAACAGUCACACCCCAGACAAGUCUCGCCAAAACAUUCGCCUGCUUGAGAGCGGCAUGACACGAGUCAAAUCGCAAAACCUCGACGUUCAUGGUUUUCGCAAGUUGCAGUCCCUGAUUCGAGAUAACAAAGUACCUUUCACCGACGAAAAGUUUGAUGCGCUUAUCAGUGGACUGUUCGAGUAUCUCGAAUCUCCCCUAUCCAAUUUGGCACCAGAGAAGAUACAGGACGUGAAGGCCCAGAUACUGGCCACCAUCAAACUGCUUCUAAGAAAGGUGCGCGGCAGUUUCCAGCCUCAUGUGUCGAAGGGCUUAGAGUCACUACUUGGCACAAGAGCGGGCUAUGAUGCCCGGACGCAUAUUGUCAGCGGACUCGAACUACUCGCCGACGAGCUGGUGACAAUCGGAGACGCAGACGAGAUCACCGUCACCAUGACGCGACGUCUAAGCUCCAUGGACACCGACGCCAAAGGCUGCCGCAGCCUCUCCAUGGGACUCCACGUGCUCAAGCAGCUAAUCGACACACGGACUACCUUCGUCCCGAACGAAGCCGAGAUCCACGACCUCGCAGCCCUUGCGAGCCGCUGUCUGGAGAGCAAGGAGAGCGGCGUGCGCAUGGACGCCGUGCAGCUCUGCGUAGCGCUCCAUAGCCGGCUCGGAGAGAACACCUUCUGGGAGUCCAUGAAGAGCGUCAAGGAUGACCCGAAAAGCCUCAUCACGUACUACGUCGUCAAACGCCAGAGAGAGGGUCAAGCGGCCGCUUAG